AUGGAUUCCAACUUGGAUUCCGAAUGGGAGGAGCGCAGACGCCAAAUGAUUGAAGAAGGUGAUGCUCGAAUGAGCACAAAUACACAACUUGCGGCUACUGUAGCAACAUUAUGGACUCAUGAGCAAAUACAACAACAAGCCCCGUGGGGUGGCUUUGUUGUUGGUCACAGUAACAAACGUAGGGGACGAGCUUUUAGGCAUCAAAAAUUGAUGAUGGACUACUUCGUCCAAAAUCACGUCUACGCUCCUGAGGACUUCAGACGUCGAUUCCAGAUGAGGCGUCAUGUCUUCCUUGGUUUGGUAAAUGGUAUCUCAAAUGUCAACCCCUACUUCAGACAUACAACUGAUGCCACAGGUAGUCUCAGUUUCUCACCCCACCAAAAGCUUACAAGUGCACUCCAAGUGUUGGCAUAUGCAAGCUCAACAAAUCAAAUCGAUGAAUCCAUGAGGAUGUCUGAGUCAACAUCCAUUGAGAACCUUGGGGAAUUUUGUCGUACAAUUGUUCACACAUACAGGGAUGAGUACCUCCGACAACCACCACAUGAGGACCUAAAUAUGUCUUUCUUCUUCAGCCAUCUGUCUUUCUUCCUAAACCCAUAA